AUGCAAGGUUCAGUGAGGUUUUCAAGCUGCCGAGGAGUGGCCUUUGAAAUCAAGCCUCAUGAAAGUCCAUUUGCCGUUUCUGAUUCACCCGAUGAUAAAUCGAGUUGCAGCGAACGAAAUUGGUUUCCUUGGACCCUAGGGAGCUCCUCCAAGUUGUUCCCUUCUUCGAUCAACAGGUCAACAAGUAGAACCAGUAGCCAUUUCUGUGAUCUUGAUCUUGAUGGUGAAAAUGAUCAAGAUGACAUUUCUUUGGCAGCAUUAGAAGAAGGAAAAGAGCAGAAACUAGCUCCUUUUCCAUCUGGAACUAAGCUGGAGCAGCCAUCAAAACCUGCUCGAAAGCAAGAAUCAAGACUGUCGGUUAUAUUGCUGGACCAAGGUUUGUUCACGGUAUACAAGCGACUCUUUGUCGUUUGCUUGACCCUGAACAUCACUGGUUUGGUAAUUGCAGCAACUGGAAAAUUCCCAUAUGCAAGAAAUAGAUCUGCCCUUUUCUCCAUAGCCAACAUUCUAGCUUUGACACUCUGCAGGAUCAAGUUCUUUGGAAGGUCUUGGAUACCUCUCCCAAUAAAAACCGCUACCACAUCUCUACUUCAAAGUCUUGGUGGCAUACACAGUAGUUGUGGAAUUUCUUCAGUUGCUUGGCUUACAUAUGCCUUAAUCCUUACACUUGAUAACAGAGAAAACACUUCGUCAGAGAUCAUAGGAGUGGCAUCUAUUAUUCUUUCUCUCCUCUGCCUCUCUUGUUUGGCUGCAUUUCCUCUCGUCCGCCAUCUCCAUCAUAAUGUCUUCGAAAGGUUUCACAGGUUUGCUGGAUGGACAGCUCUAGCACUCCUCUGGGCCUUCAUCAUUCUCACUAUCUCGUAUGACCCCAAGACCAAAUCCUAUAGUAAUGAACUAGGCUCCAGGCUGAUCCAACAACAAGAGUUUUGGUUCACAGUAGCCAUUACAAUUCUAAUUAUCAUCCCAUGGAUAACAGUGAGACGAGUUCCUGUCAAAGUAUCUGCCCCUUCAGGCCAUGCCUCCAUCAUAAAAUUUGCGGGAGGAGUAAAAGCUGGUAUACUGGGAAGGAUUAGCCCAUCCCCAUUAUCCGAAUGGCAUGCUUUCGGUAUUAUUUCUGAUGGGAAAACAGAACAUAUGAUGCUUGCUGGUGCUGUUGGGGACUUCACUAAGUCCUUGGUCGCCAACCCACCGAGCCAUUUGUGGGUUAGACAAGUGCACUUUGCUGGUUUGCCCUACUUGGUGAAUAUGUAUGAUCGGGUACUUUUGGUGGCAACAGGUUCUGGCAUUUGUGUUUUCCUGUCAUUCCUUUUGCAGCCAUGUCGUGCCAGCGUAUGUGUAGUUUGGGUGGCCAAAGGGAUUGAACAAAAUUUUGGCAAAGAAAUUCAAGAGAUGAUGAGCGGACAUCCCAAAGAUAAAGUGAUUGUGCAUGAUACAGCUGUGCUCGGUCGGCCCAAUGUGUCCCAAAUGAGCGUUGAUGCUGCUAAAAAAUGGGGAGCAGAAGUAGUCAUUGUUACUAGUAAUCCAGAAGGAAGCAGGGAUGUCGUUAAUUCUUGCAAAGCAGCAGGGAUUGCAGCAUUCGGUCCUAUUUGGGACUCUUAG